CUUGAAUUCCCAUCCCUCGCAUCACCCCUCACCCUUCUAGAACGUCUUCGUGGACGAAAACUGAAUUCUUCAUGCCAGAGAAAGGCGAUGAACGUACAACCACUUUUUGCCAAGAACAACAACCAGACUUGCGCAUCACAGCCGUUCAAAAUGAACUUCUCGAAAGUUCUGCUGCUGCUCGUCGCGUUGCACCGAGACUUCCUCAGGAAUUGAUUGAACAGAUCAUCGACGAGCUAUAUUCUGACCUGGAAGCUCUGCAGGCAUGCAGCCUCACCGCGUCAGCGUGGCUGCCACGCUCCCGACGACAUCUUUUCAAUAGCUUAUCCUUACAUCCAGAUAAUUAUGCCACGAUAGAGGAGAGGUUCUCUACUGCCUCCUUGUCGUCUUAUAUUCAUCGACUCUGGAUAUCCUGUGGCGGACGAAAUGAGGAUGAAGUGCCCAUACCGCGCGAUGAGGAGCUCACGGUUUCAGUUCUGUCCUGCUUUCACAAAGUCUCUCAAAUGGAACUGCAUAAUAUGCGUUGGGACAACCUUCGUUUCGACGUGCAAGACUAUUUUGCCACACGUUAUACCUCACUUACGAUAUUCGACCUCUACGACGUCGAAUUCCAAAACUUGGAUGACCUUCUUCGUCUUGUGCGUGGGUUCUAUAAUGUUCACUCACUGCAGCUUCGCAAGGUUUGGUGGGAGACAGAGACGGAUCCACCAACCAUAGUUCCAAGUCCUCCCUUGCAUUUACGGGAAUUGAUGGUAUAUGAGACGUCGUCGUCAGCCUCAUUCAUUAUUGGCCUCUUUGGCACCACCCAUCCCGAGAAUUUGCAAAGGAUCGCUGUGGACUGGGGAGAUGGGGAUGACCUCGCUAUUUUAGAUGACUUUGUGCAAUCUGCGGGUCCUUCCCUGCGUACGCUUGAAGUCGACCUUUCUUGGCAUGCUCCUCUCGCUCCUCUAGACCUCCGUCUAAACACUGAUCUUCGAGACGUCUGGCUGGACGGUCUCCUCCUAGACGAACCGAACUCCCCCGCAGCCUUCCAACCAACUUGGAUUCCAUCUCUUCUCAACAGUAUUACAUCCCCAUGUAUGAUCGAGGUCGUCUUCUACAUCUUCCUCGGAAACUUGGACGGUCUCAAGUUGCUCGACAUGGAGCAACUUGAUAGAAUAUUUUCUGGGCCCAGGUUUCGGAACAUGAAGGUCAUUGGGUUCAUGUUGGUUAUUCUGCCACAUCCGGAUUGGCGGUUACCGAGUAGGUCGGAUGUACAGGAGAUUAUUAGGCAGAGGAUGCCGAGAACUAAUGCUAGAGGGCUUUUGCGAUUCCGGAGCCACGAGCUUUUGAUACUUUGAUUGUGAAUUGACACAUUCAACAUUGCUUCGUUGUUCUUUCCCCUUCAUACCAUAGUCAUAAUUUCUAGACAACCUUAGACGUUCGUUAUACUUAUGUUACCCAUGCCCAGUUAUAAUUCUUGACUUUCUUGCUCAUUCUAAUGUACUCAUGCACAUAUUUUCAAUUUCCAUCACUAGUAUUGAACGUAUCAAACAAAACAAAACAAAGCUAAUAGCUUGUACACAUACACAAAGUCCUAUCAAAAAGACAGUAAUGGGGAACGAUUGUCUGCAAGGAAGAAAGAUGUUUACGAUUACAAUAAUUUAUGAAGUCCUGGUCACCAGACCAUCAACAAGAACAUCAAAACAGAAGACAGAGUAGUACACCAAGCU